CAUUUCAUUUACUUGUUCAAUGGCUAGCUCCAGCAGCUCUCACACUUCAGCACUGGUGGAUUUUGGAACACACGAGUAUGAUUACAAGGGGCCAAGUCGGUUUUGCUUUUGUGGUUUGAAGGCUCCAAGGAUCAUGUCUUGGAGCGAAAAGAAUCAUGGUCGAAGGGCUAAGGAAGUUAUCUCGUGGCUGCACAACAAUAAGACAGAAUUGGAAACUAAUUUGGAUGAUGCAAGGGAAAGGAUCAAAGCUCUUAGGAAUGUUUUGAAGUGUUAUGAAGAAAAAGGAGAGCAACAGAUUGAGGCAUUGGAGAAGCAAGUUAAUGAUUUGCAGAUGUUGGCAACAAUGACAAUGGUGUAUGCUACGAAGCUAGAGAAAUGGAAGAAAUGUGGUCAAAUAUCUUUGGUCGUGGCUGUUUUCCUUGCUAUUCUACUUGCUUUUUUCUUGUUUAGGAGUUGGGUUCUACUUGUUGAUGGGAACAGGGGUUUCAAAAGGCUUGGAAAUUAAGAAACUAGGCAAAUGGGGAUAGUUUUGUUUUUUAGGCAUUAUCUGUUUUUUGGUGGGCAAUGUGGUUGUCUUGAAUGGUAGUGUUGAAGGUUUGUAGAUACUGCCCCCAAUAAUUCUAAUAUGGGGCCUCAUUUCUCCCCAAGCUUUGUAAUUUAUUUUGGAUAUAAUGAAUAUAAAUUAACUUC